AUGCGUCUUUCUUCCAUCGUGCUCAUGGGCGCCAGCUCCCUGGCAGCCGCCCAGGACAUGUCGCUGUGCGACAAGUACACCACCGCGUUGCUUAAGGAGAACAACGCCACAAACCAGUACACUCUGUUGACUCUCCUCGUCAACACCGUUGUCAUUGGAAACUACACUCAGCCAAACAUGAACGCUGUCCCCGGUAUCCUUGCCAAGGGCAUGUACAUGGACAAAGAGGUCAACCUCCUUCCUUACUUCGACGGAACGCUCAAGUCCAGCAACCGUGGUGGCUCUUCAGGAGUCAGCAUCAACUUCCUUGACGAUGGAGGUGCUGCGCCCCUUAUGAAGAACAUGCCUGCCAACAGCGAGAAGUCAAACCAAUACUUCCUCCUCACACACUUGUACCAAUUCUUUGGUAAACUACUUGGCUGCUCCGCAUAUGGCAACACGGGCUUCCCCGCGUACACCGGACACAGCAUGGAAGACUCGCACAGGUUCAUGAACCUCGAUCCCUCUGAGAUGGGAUACUUCAUCACCCAAGUUGGUCUUGCAGCGACCUCAUUCGGUGUCUCCAAGGAGGACGUCACCACCGUAGCAGAAGCCCUCACAAAGCUCUUCAACUACCGCUGCAGCCCAGCCGCAACUGUCAUCCCAGAGCAGGGACCCACCCUCAACAGCAUCUGCCAAAACGAACAAUGUCCUCUCGACCCGAUGGCUCAGUGCUCCGCAUACCCAAACAACGGCACCGUUAUGGAGCCCAUGGCCGCUAACGCGAGCAUGACCUCAUCGGCUUCAGGUUCGUCGGCUAAGCCUUCCUCAACUAUGACCGGUGCUCCCGGCAUGUUCACUGGAGGCGCUUCGUCAGCACAGGUUGGUGUUGGUGCAGUGGUUGGACUCGCUGCCUUGGCCAUGGUUUUGUAGGCCUAUCUUUAUACCGAGUUGUUCUUCUAGGCAGCAUACAUCUCUCUCAAGUCACUGCCUUACGCAAACAAAUUGAUGUAAUGUGAAUAAUCAUCUUUU